CUCAGCUAAGAAGAGCUGUGGCUGACCUAAGCCUCUGGAGGUUCCUCAGCUUUUCAUUGGCUUUGAGGCAAAAGAAGAAGAAAAAAAAAAACACUUGCAAACCAAGGGGUGGAGCAAACAAAGGUGUGGCUUCCCUGCAGGUAGAAAAGGACACAGUGCCAUGGUUACUCGCUCGAGCCAGGAACUUGCAGCUAAAGAAGCAGAAUCCCAGUGAGUCUGAGAGGCAGCGGGAUCCAUGAGUAAAGACCAGGAAAAACAUUUCAACGUUCAUUGCUGCUUUUUGACAUAACACACAAGUUAGAGUUGCACUUAACUGCAACUGAACCUUCGCAUGAAUUUUUCAGUGGAGCAACAGCAACAGCAACUUUUUCUUUUUUUUUUUUUUUUUUUUUUGCUUCACAUGGAAAAGGAUGAAAACCCGUGUUAGAAACUGGAUUUCUUAAGGGAGAAGAAAGCCAGGGAGUGAUGGAUGGUGGGAAAAUGGCAGAAGGCAGGAGAUGUUGUAUUUGGUCACGGCGCCACUGCUUCUUCUGCAUUCUGGUGUUGGCGGCUCUUUUGUUUUUUUACAGCACAAACAUGAAAGAAAUGCCAACAGACUGGAACCCUAGACAGUGGAUUCAGUAUACUGCACCAAAAUGGUGGAAACAGUUAAACGGUCACAUCAGGAAUGAGUUCAACACCAGCAGACCCGGAUCUACGUCUCAACUGACCACUGCUGCUGCUGGGUUUACAUCUGCAAAUAACUCAGUGGUUUUUCCACAAACUGAGAAUAUAACUUCAACACAGGUGACAAACGUGACUAUAACAACCCUGACUACAAAUGCUCGAGCGGUGCCAACACCGGCUCCUUAUGUGUCUCCGGGACCGUACUUAGUGGAAUACCCCUCGGAGUACCACUUCCUUAUAAACGAGCCACAGAAAUGUGAGCAGCAGAAACCUUUCCUGGUUCUUGUGGUUCCCGUGGCGCCCCAAAACAGGGCACACCGCGACAUCAUCCGCAACUCAUGGGGAGGUGAAAGUCUGAUCCUGGGCAGAGUGGUGAGCCUGUUCUUCCUGCUGGGGCUGCACAGCGGAGAAGGGGGGGAGCAGCUCAAAGAGCAGCUGCUGCAGGAGAGCAAAGAGCAUCAAGACCUGAUCCAGAGCGACUUCGUGGACUGUUACAAGAACCUGACCAUCAAGACCAUGGUGAUGCUGGAGUGGCUGGACUCGUACUGCUCCAGCGUCUCUUACGCCAUGAAGAUUGAUUCAGACAUGUUUCUAAAUGUACCCAACCUCAUUAAUAUGUUAAUAAGCGCUCCAAAGACAAACUACAUGACCGGACUCGUGGCGAGCGAAGGUGCAGUUCUGAGAGAUCCAAAAUCUAAAUGGUUCUUACCUGUGGAGGUUUACCCUCACCCGGUGUAUCCACGUUAUGCUUUGGGUCUGGGCUACAUCUUUUCUUUAGACCUCGCCAAAAAGCUUGUGGAGGCAUCCAGACACGUUAAAGCUGUUUACAUUGAAGAUGUGUAUUUGGGGCUUUGCAUGCAGCACUUGGGCAUCCCUCCCACUAACCCCCCAAACUGGAGUUAUUUUAAUGUCUUUCCUGUGUCGUACAGUCGCUGUGCUUACUCCCGGCUCAUCGCCACCACGACUCAGGAAAACAUCGAUCGUGUGUGGAUCUGGAAGGACUUAAAAAAGCCAGGCCGAACCUGCUAGUAGGACACAGCUAAAGACGACGUAAUGUGCUGACAACCAGGACUGAAGUUAUAAGUUAAGUUAUGUUUAAACAAAUCACCUCGCCUUUCAGAUUUCAGUGUUAAACGAGCAGGAUUUUCUGCCAUUGCUCUGUGGCUCAACACUGGACUCUUAUCCAGCAUUUUAGGGAAGUUUAUUAUUCAUUAACCAGCAAACGACUAAAAAAAGGAAAACGAAAUGUGAACUGAAGAGAUGACAGCACAAACUGACAGCUAGUAUUUUUACAAUACAGAAGAUAUACAGAUCUAAAGGGGUAAAAUAAACUGUAUGUAGAUGAUUAAUAUAAGACUAUUUUUUUGUUGUUUUUAAGAAUGUAUUUUGAGUUUCCACAAAGUGAAAUUUCUCAACCUUGAGGUCUGAUGUACUAAUUUUCUAGUAAUGAAUUUAAUGAAUUAAUUUAAAGUGGCAACAUAAUGAUGUCAUCAUCAUCAUGCCACGUCAUGCCAUGAAAGGUUUCUAAACUCUAUAGUUCACUGUCACUGCAACAAGCGCUCUGUGCUCAGUUGUGCCGCUAGUGAAUCAACAACAUGACGGAAACAGACAGUUUUAAGUGUGUUUGAAUGGUGAGAUUAUAGAGAAGGACUGAGCACAUUAAAUGUUGUAACAUGUUGAGUCUGAUGACUCAUUCAUAAACCAAGAAGUUGAGAAGCUGUAAAGUAAUAGAAGUCAUCACACUGUCGAUAAUUAACAGGUAGAUAAGGAAGUGGAAAAACAUAUUUGCUUCAAACAAUAGACAUGUAUCUGCCAAAUCCAAAGAAAGGGGACAGAUAAAUCAUAGCCUUGGGGAAAAUACUGUCAUUUCAGUUUUAAGCCUUCAUUUUCUAACACUUUUGCGCUCAACAAAGGGAAAGCAGCUCAAUUGCCCAAAAUUAAAGUAGCAAUGAGCAGGUUUCAGGUUUGACAAAGCUGCGUGAAGCCACUGUAGUUUGCUUAAUCCUGUUUAAAGAAGGAAGUGAGACUAACCAAAGUCUUCAUCAUUUCAUCAUCAGUUUCAUCAUCUCAGAUUAUGGUUUGUGGCCCAAUAUUCACUAAGCCCCGCCCCUUGCACAGAUAUUUUGCUUGAUAUUUUGCCUUUUUUUUUCAACUGUUCAUGCUCAUUUGUGGUAGAAAUUUGUAUCUCAUUCCCCAAUGGCUGAUAAAGUGAAAAUCCAAAAAGUUUUAUUCGUUUUACUGUUUUUCAGUUUAUGCAAAUUGGCAUCAUUGGCAUGAACUUUCAUGGUCUAAAAGACUUGGAGACUUUUUUUUUUGUAGAGCUCAUUGAACUCGAAUUGUGUGUCAAAAUUCAAGUCAAACGGACUUUGUGGUUCUGAGGGGCAUGGCCUUUUCAAAGUUGCAUUUUUUGUGCUUUAAUUACAGCGCCAGCAUCAAACCGAUUGGGCUCAUUUUUCUUGGGAUUUACAUGCACAUCAGUUCCAGUUAUUGAGCCAUUUCAUGUUUGUAGCUCAUUCAAGCUCAUGGGAAUUUGAGCCGCAGCGGCAGCAGGCAAAUAAUAAAAAUGACCUCACACAAACACAGAGGGAUAAUUAAUAAGUGAACAUAACACUGCUUUUUUUUUUUUCCACUCAUGGGUCGACAGAGAAAUCUGUGUGUAAAAUCUGUCAAGACGCCUCACAACAUUCAGACAUUUGUGAUGAUUUCUGACACAAUUUUUAAAAAGCUCAGUGUCGGGUGUCGGGUGUCCAUAUGAGCACUAAACCAGCAUUUGUUUUCUGUAAUCACUCCUCCUGUCUAUACUGACUACAGAGAGAACCUCCCAACAUGUUUCCACUGCAAGUGACUGGGGACAAAAACCCACAGUCUGUGCUCAACUGUUCAUUUGAAGGUGUCAUAUCAGGCUUCAGCAGUAAAUAAAAAUCAAGAUGUCGACCAAAGCAAAGUGUUUUUAGUAUAAAAUUCCCUUUGUGUGUUUCUUGUUCAGCUGCAGUAACACAAAGAGGGUAUUUUAUUUUUUAAAAUGUUAAAAAUACCGUUACAUAUAAAAUAAUUUAUAUAGGUUGUGACGCUAUUUUGAAAAUAUAUAACCAGGGGAGACCACUUUCAAAAUAAAAUCCCCACUUUUACGGUCCCAGAAGGAGUUGUUAACAAUGUCCAGUAAUACCUCAAUAAUUAAAUAUUUCUGUUACCGGUGACACUUUAUAAUGAAGGUAAAAAAAUACACAUUGGUCCGUUUUAACUCAUGCACAAUGAUUUAAUGCGUGAAUUCAUGAAAGAUGUAUCGUGAAUUCCUUGUGCACAUCAUUAAGAAUCAAUUAAGUCACUAUCAGUUAAGGUGAUCAUUGAACUCACAGUUACUUAGACACAUUUAUUUACAUUUUAUUACGAGUCCAUUCACAGAGAAAAGGGAACUUCCAACCCACAUACAUGUGAUCACAUGGGAUGUGGGCAGGAGUUAAGGUUUAGACUGUUGAGACUGUUGUUUAGUCACAUAGCAACAACCAGUUUGAUUUUAAAUAGCCUAAAAUUUCUGUGAACGACGUCCCAUUGGGUUUUCAAAGCCUGAUGAGUAAUUUUAUUUGAGCUGCUUUGGUGGUAUCACAGUUUAUUAAAGCAUUAAGUAACUGUUUGUUAUUUAUUAACUGUUGACUAAUACUGACUUUAUAAUUUUCUUAAUUCAUGCUGUAAAUCAGCAUGACUUGUGCAUGUAUUGAACCCCUAUUAUAAAGCCUAUUUAUUUUUGUAUUCAUCUUGUUCCUUCGAUCGGUUCCUGUAUAAAUAGGCUGUGAAAAAUCUCUUUAGGCUGUGUCCUAUUGGGAGUUUGGCUGAGGUAUCAUUUUAAUCCACAUAGUGACAAAUAGUGUAUAAUUUUGUAUAAUUUCACAGUUCAUAAUGGCAUUUAAAUGUUGUGUCUUUAUCACUUACAUGGCUUGUUUGAAUGUCUCUCAACACUGACUGUGCUGUUUUAAUGAUUUUAUCCAUUAAAAGCACUUUACAACACAGAUGCUACAGAAAGUUCAUUUUUUAAUUAGUAAAAUGUAGUCAUAAUAAGAGAAAUUUUGUCUUUAUGAUAACCUCUUUACUUUUAAUCUCUUCAACACUUAAAAACACCAUAUAAAUAUUUAGUAAAUGGUUUAUAAAACACUAUUAUGUAGCUGUAAGCACAUAUGAUGACAUUUGCCAUCAUGACAUGUUCAUGAUUUUAAGACUUAGAUUAAGCAGUCAUAGCUGUUGACAAAUGAAAUCUUACAUGUGCAUCUACACCUACAUUAUGAUGUCUUAGAAACACAUGAACUGUUUAAAGAGUGAUAUAAAUUCUAAAUAUGGGGAUAAAUAGUAGUGUCAGUGUCACCUGAUACACCUUCCACCACAAUGUUUUUACAUCAUAUAUCAUUAACAAAUAUUUGUUUUAACUUUUAUAUUUAUAUAGUCUACUGUAAGAUAUGAAAGGCUUUUAAUAAACUAUUGAAUAUACUGCAAUGUGUGAUAUUGCAACCAGCUUCACUGAUAGUUACAACUACAGAUAAAUCAAAUUAUUUUGUGUAUCAAAUGAAUGAUUGUGGAUUUUCUUGCACUCGUUGAUUUUCAGCGGACUUCCCUGAUGAUUGAUGACAUUAAACAAGGAAAAGCUGUAAAGUGAAUGUUGUGAUGCAGAGACACCAUGUGGACUUUUUGUGCACUACAACUGUGUGUGUGUAAUAAAUGUCUAAUGUCUAAGGAAUGGUUCAGAAAAUGCAUUUGUAUAUUUACAGUAUUUUGAUUAUAUUUGUUUCAGUUAUAGGUAAAACAUUAGAAGUUUAAUAUUGUAUUGAAUAUUAAAAAGGCAACAUUUAGGAUGUAUCAUUACUGUGACUGUGAAAAUACAGUUGGUUUGUUGGAUUCCAGACAUUUUUAUUGGUAACAUGACUCUGGCAACGCUGGCUGGUCGACCACUUUGUAUUUUGAGACAUGAACUAAUUCAGGCAGAAGAUUAUUCCUUGCAUCAGAAGUCCAGCUCUAAUAUUAAGACAAAUACAAUACUGUGCAAAAGUUUUAGGCACUUUUGCUUUC